CAAGGGGCCCCUCCCCUCCUGCCUGCCAGUCAGGCCCAGCCGCCCAGGCCUGGGGAGCUGGGAGAGAGCGUAGAGGCCAAAGGCUGUAGGUGACUCAGGUGUCUGCAGGAAUUUUAGAAGAAGAGGGCGGCCAUCCCCGAACUGAUUCUGAAGGUGGGGCCAGGAGAGGCCAAAGCAGAGGGUGAAAGGAGCAUCAUCAGCCACCAGCUUCAGCCAGGUUUGAGGAAGAUCUUUGUGCCACCCACCCUAGAAGCAGAUGUCACUAACAAAGUCCUUAACCCUCUACCCAAGGAGACCCUAAGCACCCAGGAACCCCCAGACUAUUUGAUCUGCUUGUCUGGAAAACACAGUCAGCAGGUUUAUGGCUAGCAGGCCUCUGCCCCCCAGAUGCCAAGAGGAGGAGACUGCCAAAGACUCAGGGCCGAAACCACCACCACCGCGACCAGGGUGCCUGCCCAGCAUUGAUGAGGCCCGACCUGUAGGUCUGGGCCCCGCUUCCCGACGUGGCUCUGUGCUGGGCCCAGCCAUGUCCUCCUCACGCCGCAACUCACUGGUGGGGCCAGGCGCGGGUCGCCGACAAUCCCUGUGCCCCGUGCCCCCUCUAGGUUCACGGAUCAGCUUCUCCGGGCUGCCCCUGGCGCCCACCCGCCGGGUGGCACCCUCGUACCGCACGGAGCCCGCGCCUGGAGAGCGCUGGGAAGCCGAGCGUGCACAGCGCGUCCUAGAAGCGGCACUGGCUGCGGGGCUGCGCAAUGCAUCCUACUCCGGCCACGAAGCCGGGCCGCUGGCGCGGGAGCUGUGCGAGCAGGUGCACCUGCGCCUGCGUGAGCUCAGCCCACCGCGCUACAAGCUGGUGUGCAGCGUGGUGCUGGGGCCACGUGCCGGCCAGGGCGUGCGCGUGGUCAGCCGCGCGCUCUGGGACACGGCGUGUGAUGGGCUGGCCUCUGCCGCCUUCACCAACUCCUCGCUCUUCGCCGUGGCUACCGUCCAUGGGCUCUACUGUGAGUGAGGAAGCCCCCAACUUCUGCAAAACGGUUUAUUAUCCCAGGAGGAGGCCCUCCCCAGGGCUACAUCCCCAUAAAUAAAUGUCUGUCAAUAAAUAAAAGUGGUCCAUA